AUGACAUCUUAUCAGAAAAGGAUGAGCCGGAGAGCGAGGAUGAGACCUAUGAGGUGGUGGACCUGACAGAGUACGCCCGGAGGCACCAAUGGUGGAGCAUGGUGUUUGGGAAUAACUCUGGUCCCCUCGCAGAGAAAUACUCUGUGACCACGCAGAUCGCGAUGGGAGGGGUCACUGGCUGGUGUGCAGGAUACUUGUUCCAGAGAGUAGGGAAGAUAGCUGCAACUGCCAUAGGUGGAGGGUUCCUGUUAUUACAGAUAGCGAAUCACAGUGGCUACGUGCAGGUGGACUGGAAGAAAGUGGAGAAGGACGUGAACAAAGCAAAGAAACACCUGAAGAAGAGAACCAAGCAAGCAGCCCCUGAAAUUAACUCCUUCUUCGAGGAGGCCACAGAGUUUGUCAAGAAGAACAUUGUUCUGUCCAGCGGGUUUGUGGGUGGAUUCCUCCUGGGCUUGGCCUCCUAAUGCGUCGGGGCCAAUUCACAACUGAGGAAGUCGUUACAUAGAAGAAGGAAGCUGUCAUUACUGUGAACUGAGUCACCACACGGAUGUUGUCAUUAACUGUGAAUCGUUGUCUUUCUCCCAGCACGGAACUAGUCAUGAAACGGGUUUGGGAGGAGGCUGAACAUGUGAAGCUGCCACUUUAUGCCCCCUGGCUGCUCUCUUCCGCUAUUGCCCAACUGAUCAGAGUCUAGCUUGUCCACCCUCUUUUAUUCUAUUUAUCUGGUGGUUUCUGAUCCAGGAUCAGUUGUUUGGGCCUGUUGAAUAUGACAUUUUUAUACAUAUUCAUAAUCAGCACUACCCCAACAUCAAUGUAUGUGAAAAUGUCACGUUUCUAUGUUUUGAAUCAGCUAUGUUAUAUAUAUUUGUUCACCAUCAUAUGGUGUGCAUCAUGUGAUUUGAAUCCAUUAGUGAAGUAUGCCUACUCAUAACUGGUUGAAAUCACGAUGCACACCAGAUGAUGCCAUUAGAAAAACUAAUUUUGACUUCAAAACAUAGAAACAUGGCAUUUUCACAUAUGUUGAUGUUAGGGUAGUUCUGGAGAUGAUGAAUACAAUGUUGAAAAUGUUAGAAAUGUCCCUUUAAGUGCACAACGCAACACCUCUUGAUAUACUACUAAUAUACUGUACCACACACUGGACAUAGGAUUCCUUGGCCCCUGUCUAUCUGGUGCCCUCUUUUACCUGGAAGAACAGGUCUAGGAUCAGGAAUGUGUCCCAAAUGCCCAUAGUGCACUACAUUUGACCAGAGCCCUAUGUAGGAAAUUAGGGUGCCAUUUGGGACACAGGCCAGCUCUCUAAUGUACUGUAGGUAUAUCAGUGUGCAGGUUAGCGUUUUUCAUAAAGAAUAUUUUUCUGGGGGCAGCUCUGCAGAAUGGUCACUAGUUGGCACAGCCACAAAAUCUGAUUUUAAAUCUAACUGUAACCACACUGUUAACCCUAAUGCCUAACCUUAAAUUUAGACCAAAAAGUUUAAUGUAGUUUUCAUGAAUUUUUACAAUAUAGCCAAGUCUGACUUUGCAGCUGGCCUAUCCAGCGGAUUUGCUUAGUUCUGCCUCCAGGGCAAGACUCAUUCCAAAACAUGUGAACCUGCUAUCAGUGUAGUCAUAGGAAAACAUGUGAUUUAGUCAUGUGUAGAAUAUACUAUCAGUUUUAUAGAUAGAAGGAAAUGUACAGUAUAAAGUCAGUGUUCAGUUGCUUAUGAGUUGUUCCAUAUUGUGUCUUUAACUAUUUAAAUAUUAUGUAUAGAUUUGUCUUAUGAUUCUGUUUUGUCAAAUAAAGUUGCCUGAUUUUUGUUGGUUAGCAAUGUUAA